CCCGCCCAGCCUCCGCCGCGCAGGGGCUCCGGGCCGGGCCUCUCCGUCUCCCUCCCACCUCAGUCCCUCACUCCCCUCCCCAAGAAGUGCUAUUUUUAGCCAGUCCUCGGCGCGCGCCGCCCCCCGCUCGGCUCGCCGCCGCCCGCGGCCGCCCUCCGAGCUCCCCCCUCCGCGCGGCGGCGGCGGCGGCGCGUCCCGCACCUCGCUCAGCGCGCACCUCGCCCGCCCCGCCGCGCCCGCCGCGCUCUCCCGCUCCCGCGCCCGGCGCGCCCGGUAUCUCGGUGCCAGGCCCUCCUGUUCCUUCACUGCUGGCUGAAGGAAGGCCGUGAGUCUGCAGCCGAGCCCACCAGUCCUUGCAGUUCCCGUCAUGAGCUCGCCAGUACAGCCAGAUGGGGUGGCUGGACGAGAGCAGCUCUUGGCUCAGCAGAGAAUGCACAGCAUGAUCAGCUCAGUGGAUGUGAAGUCAGAGGUUCCUGUGGGGCUGGAGCCCAUCUCGCCCUUGGACCUGAGGACGGACCUCAGGAUGAUGAUGCCUGUGGUGGACCCCGUGGUGCGGGAGAAGCAGCUGCAGCAGGAGCUGCUGCUCAUCCAGCAGCAGCAGCAGAUCCAGAAGCAGCUCCUGAUCGCCGAGUUUCAGAAGCAGCAUGAGAACCUGACGCGGCAACACCAGGCUCAGCUUCAGGAGCACAUCAAGUUGCAACAGGAACUCCUAGCCAUAAAACAACAGCAAGAACUCCUAGAAAAAGAGCAGAAACUGGAGCAGCAGAGACAAGAACAGGAAGUAGAGAGGCGUCGCAGAGAUCAGCAACUUCCUCCUCUCAGAGGCAAAGACAGAGGACGAGAAAGGGCAGUGGCGAGCACAGAAGUGAAACAGAAGCUUCAAGAAUUCCUGUUGAGUAAAUCAGCAACAAAAGACACUCCAGCUAAUGGCAAAAAUCAUUCCGUGAGCCGCCAUCCCAAGCUCUGGUACACGGCUGCUCACCACACCUCAUUGGAUCAAAGCUCUCCACCCCUUAGCGGGACGUCUCCAUCCUACAAAUACACGUUACCAGGGGCGCAGGGAAGCAAGGACGAUUUCCCCCUUCGCAAAACUGCCUCUGAGCCCAACUUGAAGGUGCGGUCCAGGUUAAAACAGAAAGUGGCAGAGAGGAGAAGCAGCCCCUUACUCAGGCGGAAGGAUGGAAAUGUUGUCACUUCAUUCAAGAAGCGAAUGUUUGAGGUGACAGAAUCUUCCGUCAGUAGCAGCUCUCCCGGAUCCGGUCCCAGUUCACCAAACAAUGGGCCAACUGGAACUGUUACUGAAAAUGAGACGUCGGCUCUGCCACCGACUACUCACGCUGAGCAAAUUGUUUCACAGCAGCGCAUCUUAAUUCAUGAAGAUUCCAUGAACCUGCUAAGUCUUUAUACCUCUCCUUCUCUGCCCAACAUCACCCUGGGGCUUCCGGCAGUGUCGUCCCAGCUCAAUGCUUCAAAUUCACUCAAAGAGAAACAGAAGUGUGAGACCCAGACGCUCAGGCAAGGCAUGGCGCUGCCGGGACAGUAUGGGGGCAGCCUGGCGGCAGCAUCCAACCAUCCCCACACUGCAUUGGAGGGAAAACCAAACAGCAGCCACCAAGCUCUCCUGCAGCAUUUGUUACUGAAAGAACAAAUGCGACAGCAAAAGCUCCUUGUGACCGGUGGCGUUGCCUUACACCCUCAGUCUCCCCUGGCCACAAAAGAGAGAAUCUCACCUGGCAUCAGAGGUUCCCACAAGCUGCCCCGACACAGACCCCUGAACCGAACCCAGUCAGCUCCUUUGCCGCAGAGCACGUUGGCCCAGCUGGUCAUUCAGCAGCAACACCAGCAGUUCCUGGAGAAGCAGAAGCAGUAUCAGCAGCAGAUCCACAUGAACAAACUGCUUUCGAAAUCUAUUGAACAACUGAAGGCACCAGGUGGCAGUCACCUUGAAGAAGCCGAGGAAGAGCUUCAGGGGGACCAGGCGAUGCAGGAAGACAGAGCACCCUCUAGUGGCAACAGCACUAGGAGCGACAGCAGUGCUUGUGUGGAUGACACACUGGGACAAGUUGGGGCUGUGAAGGUCAAGGAGGAACCAGUGGACAGUGAUGAAGAUGCUCAGAUCCAGGAAAUGGAAUCUGGGGAGCAGGCUGCUUUUAUGCAACAGCCCUUCCUGGAGGCCCAGCACACACGUGCACUCUCGAUGCGCCAAGCUCAGCUGGCUGUGGUUGGCAUGGAUGGAUUAGAGAAACAUCGUCUGGUCUCCAGGGCACAUUCCUCCCCAGCCGCCUCCAAUGUGCCUCACCCAGCAACGGACCGCCCUCUCCGGCCUGGCUCUGCAACUGGAAUUGCCUAUGACCCCCUGAUGCUGAAACACCAGUGCGUUUGUGGCAAUUCAACCACCCACCCUGAGCACGCUGGACGAAUCCAGAGCAUCUGGUCACGGCUGCAGGAAACUGGGCUGCUUAACAAAUGUGAGCGCAUUCAAGGUCGGAAAGCCAGCUUGGAGGAAAUACAGCUUGUGCAUUCGGAGCACCACUCGCUGUUGUACGGCACCAACCCCCUGGACGGCCAGAAGCUGGACCCCAGGAUCCUGCUAGGUGACGACUCUCAGAAGUUUUUUUCUUCCUUACCUUGCGGUGGUCUUGGAGUGGACAGUGACACCGUUUGGAAUGAACUUCACUCGUCCGGCGCGGCGCGCAUGGCUGUUGGCUGUGUCAUGGAGCUGGCUUCUAAAGUGGCCUCAGGAGAGCUGAAGAAUGGCUUUGCUGUUGUGAGGCCCCCAGGCCAUCAUGCUGAAGAAUCCACGGCCAUGGGAUUCUGCUUUUUUAAUUCAGUUGCAAUUACCGCCAAAUACUUGAGAGACCAACUCAAUAUAAACAAGAUAUUGAUUGUAGAUCUGGAUGUGCACCAUGGAAACGGGACCCAGCAAGCCUUUUAUGCUGACCCCAGCAUCCUGUACAUCUCACUCCAUCGCUAUGAUGAAGGCAACUUCUUUCCUGGCAGCGGAGCCCCAGAUGAGGUUGGAACUGGCCUUGGAGAAGGGUACACUAUAAACAUUGCCUGGACAGGUGGUCUGGAUCCCCCCAUGGGAGAUGUUGAGUACCUCGAAGCAUUCAGGACUGUUGUGAUGCCGGCGGCCAAAGAGUUCCAUCCAGACCUGGUCCUCGUUUCUGCAGGAUUCGACGCAUUAGAAGGCCAUACUCCUCCUCUGGGUGGCUACAAAGUAACGGCAAAAUGCUUUGGCCAUUUGACGAAACAGUUGAUGACACUGGCUGACGGACGCAUAGUGUUGGCUCUGGAAGGAGGACAUGACCUCACGGCAAUCUGUGAUGCAUCAGAAGCCUGUGUCAACGCCCUUCUAGGAAACGAGCUGGGGCCCCUUGCCGAAGAUGUGCUUCAUCAAACACCGAACAUGAAUGCUGUUGUUUCUUUACAGAAGAUCAUUGAAAUUCAAAGCAAGUACUGGAAGUCUGUAAGGAUGUCGGCCGUGCCAAGGGGCUGUACUCUGGCUGGCGCUCAGCUGCAAGAGGAGACAGACACGGUUUCGGCCUUGGCCUCCUUGACGGUGGAUGUGGAACAGCCCUUUGCUCAGGAAGAAAGCAGAGCUGCUGGUGAGCCCAUGGAACAGGAACCAGCCUUGUGAAGUGCCAAGUCUUCCCCCACCCCAACUCCCAUAUUUCCUGUGUGUGACAUCACUUGCCCCCACCCCAUCCCUGCACCCUCAGACAAGUCUGCUCUGCUGCCUGGGUGGCACCGAUUCCAUGCAACAUAAACACCGGGCACAAAAUCUUGAACAGCAGCUUCACUUGUUCUCUGGAUGGACUUGAAAGGACGUUAAAGAUUCUUUAAACGUAACCGCUGUGAUUCUAAAGUUACAGUAAACCACGAUGGGAAGAAACUGCUUCCAGCGUGCGUUCAUUAGUCGGAGUGACCCUCUCCCAAACACAGAGCAGGAGCUGGAAACAGCCAGUGCAGCACUUAGCUGUCGUUCCGUUCAGAAGCUGUGACAGCCAGGGAGAUUUUAGGGCAAAACCUGAAACUUGGUUCUUGACAUUCUGGUCAGCUUUUAUUGGGUUUGUUCUUUCUUGGUCAGUCUUUGAUUGUUUACAGGAUUUGCUUUCAACUGUGAACGGAUAGCAAUCCCACGCAGAUUGCAAUGGGCUUUUCUGGUUUUGUUUUUCUGCUUUUGUUGCAACACGGAGUUCAGCUCUUCCUGGUAAGAAAGAGUUCAAAAUGUAGGAACAAGGAUGGGGUUUUUGCAGUGGAGUUAAAACACGCUGAAUCUUCAAGGUGAAUGCCAAGGGACCCU